AUGGACGCGCGAUUGGCGGCGAUGCAUCCGGCGAGACGGGCGCUGCCGCUGCUGGCGGUGAUCGCGCAGUGGAGGGUGGACGGCGCGCGGUGGCAGGUGGUGCCGGCGUACAUCGGGACGGGGGUGUGCAUGAGCGUGGGGGCGGCGGGGAGUAAAUUGCCGCUGUGGGCGCGGCGCGCGGCGGCGCUGAGCGGAGGCGCGACGACGUUCGCGAGCGUGCUGAGUGGAUUGUUGAUACCGGUGUUUCGAAUGCCCAAACCCACGGGACCGCAUAAGGUUGGAAAGAGGACGCUGAUGUGGACGGAUCGAUCGAGGAAGAGUUGGUUGUUGAACACGAAGGGACGCGGGGCGUUUCCCGAGCACAGAAAAUUGAUGGCGAACAUUUGGUAUCCGGCGUGCGAGCGCGGGCUCAAGGAGGUGAAGAAGCCGCGCAAGGCGAACUGGCUCGAGCCCUUGCUCGCGAAGUCUUUAGCGGUGAGCUUUUGGGCGCCAGAGUGGUGCGUGAAUUACUUUCGAUUGGUUCGCAUGGAGGCGCUGGAGGACGUCCCCGUCGCGGGUGGACGAGGAGAGCAAUUCCCGGUGGUCGUGUUUUCGCACUCAUUCACGGGGAUGAAGGAGCAAAACAGCGCGCUGUUGCAAGAGCUCGCGAGUUGGGGGUACAUCAUCGUCACCGUCGAUCAUCCGCACGACGCGGCGCUGGUGUUGUAUCCGGACGGGUCGACGGCGGAUUUCAGAGGAUACGACAUGCCGAACGACACCGUGCCGUUCAACUGGUGGAAAUUUAGAAAUCAGCACUUGCGUUGGCGCGCGCUGGAUGUGGCUUUCGCCCUGGAUCAGGUGGUGGCGAUGAAUGCCGAUCCUGAAAGCGACUUUUACGAGCGAUUGGAUUUGACGCGCGUCGCCGCCAUGGGACACUCGUUCGGCGGCGCCGCGGUGGGGAUGCUCGCGCAAAUGGAUUCUCGAAUCCAGUGCUGCAUCAUGCUUGAUCCUUGGAUGUGGCCUUUCGGGUACGAGCGCAUGAAACAAGGCAUCCCAUGCCCAGUGUUGGUCUUCGAAGCACCGCGAUUUCUGGGUAAUCGGGACAUCUUUUGCAUUUCCAACGCCGAGAUGACGUCGGACUUGUGCGCCAACACGGCGCCGGCGGCGUGCUCGAAAGAGGUCGAGCCCCGACGUUUGUCCGAAGUUCUCGAAGCCCCCGACGCGAGUGCGACAAUAGAUGUCGCCGGCGAGCAAUCGCCGAGCGAUGAGAUCGAUUACAGAGAAGAUGAUGCGUCGAACGAAGAAUCGGCUCGCGCCGCUUCGCCGGGACGUCCGCCGCGUCCGCCGCGUCGCUCGAGUGGUGCUGAUUCGACAGAUAGGCGUGCGACAGACGCCCGCGCGUUAUCACAAAGUAGAAACAGUAGCUGGGGAUCUUUCAUGUCGGUGGAUGAGCAACGCGAGCCGAGCGGUGUGGCGUUCAAGGCGGUGAUCGAAGAGACGAUGCACUUUGAUUUCACCGAUCUCGCCAUGGUCGCCCCGUUGACGACGCGCUUACUAGGCGUCGUCGCGGUCGGAGGAUACGAAGUUCAUCACAUCACUUCGGCCGCGAUUUUGCGUUUCUUGCACGGGUAUAAUCAUCCGCACAAGUUUGAAUCGAUCUUCAGCGCGGAGGAACUCGACGAGCAAGCGAGAGCGUUGUACCCGGGGCCUUGGUUGGGUUGCCCGUUUGACGAAAAGGCGAAGCGUGUCGCUGAAAAAGAGUCUUUGGACGCCCUCGAUGGGCGUGCGACACCACUCAAGACGCUUCGCGAGGAAUUGUCGAAACCGCGAUCGAGCGGCUGGAAGGAGAAGGGCGGUAUUUGCCGAUGGAUCCCCACCGAAGAGUUUACUCUCGACAAGAGACGACCGUGGAUCGACGAACAAAAUCGCGAGAUCCGAUGGUUGUGCGCCGAGACGGAGGACAAAGGUGUGCCACUAACGGACCGCGAUUUGCACUGCAUGUUCCCCACGCGUUCGUUGAAGAGUACGCGAGACGCCAUCCGGGCGUACCGAGACAGCGAUGAAGUGUUUCCCGAGCCGACCAAGUUAGCGUGGUUGUCGCAGGCGCUUCUCGACGGCGAUGCCGCGGAUUCAGGUCCAGACUACGCAUCACUACGACCGUGA